GCUGGAUGCUUGCUGACGACAUGGCCUUCGUUUACUGUUUUAUAUAGCCGACCGAGCAUUCCGACUUGUCCAUAUAUACUCACCUCUCCCUUGGGCCAUUUCUCCCUUCAUCCUAGUCUAUUCUUUCAAUCGAUCUAGUUCGAAUUCUUGUUACACUUGCAUUAGACUAUGAACGGAGUUGUGUGAGGCCUUCCUUCUAGAAUCAAACCCUUUUCAUUCUCUAAAAGACUCCGCAUUAUGGCAACCCAGGAACGCACGCUUCCCAUGGGGAAGAUCGAGCCGAAUACAGCCAAAUAUUUUGUCAAUUGCGCCCUAGGUGGUAUUAUCGCUUGUGGGCCUACCCAUACAUCCGUCACACCACUCGACCUUGUCAAGUGUCGCCGCCAAGUUGACCCCAAGAUCUACACAUCAAAUAUCUCCGCAUGGCGCUCAAUCUUCGCAAAAGAAGGGCUACGCGGUGUCUUCUUUGGCUGGUCUCCCACAUUCAUCGGGUACUCGUUCCAAGGCGCAGGCAAAUAUGGAUUCUACGAGUAUUUCAAGUAUCUAUACGGCGACCAGAUGUUCCCGAACAUGAACCGCACAGUGGUAUAUCUAGGCGCAAGUGCGUCGGCCGAAUUCCUCGCCGACAUGGCCCUCUGCCCGUUCGAGGCGAUCAAGGUGCGCAUGCAGACGACGCUGCCGCCGUAUGCGCAAACGAUGCGUGAGGGUUGGAGCAAGAUCGUGGCCCAGGAGGGUUUCGGCGGCCUGUACAAGGGUCUGUAUCCGCUCUGGGCGCGACAGAUCCCCUACACCAUGACCAAGUUCGCGACCUUCGAGGAGACGGUCAAUGCCAUCUACAGGUCUUUGGGCAAGUCGAAGGAUAGCUGUAGCGGGCUGCAGCAGACGAGUAUUAGUUUCCUGGGCGGCUAUAUUGCGGGCAUCUUCUGUGCCAUCGUCAGUCAUCCGGCUGAUGUGAUGGUUAGCAAGCUUAAUGCGGAUCGGAAGGCUGGGGAGUCAGCGGUGUCGGCUGUGUCGCGAAUCUAUGGUAAUAUCGGAUUUUCGGGCCUGUGGAAUGGUCUUCCAGUUCGUAUUGUCAUGCUGGGUACUUUGACUGGAUUCCAAUGGUUGAUUUACGACUCGUUCAAGGUGUUCCUUGGUCUUCCCACUACUGGUGGACAUUGAAACAGGGGCCAAACACUGUGUAGAAAUCCGGCUAGAGAUCAGCAGUAUGAACUUUAGUAGAUAGUUUAGCAGAGUAAUGAAUAUUCGCGAUGCAUUGAGUAGCAAAACAAGCGUUCUAGACGUGGCAUUUAUAAAUCGAACAAGUCUGACCGCCUCCACACCAGACCCCAGGCGGCA